AUGUCAACUCAAAAUUCAAAUGUCUACCACGAAAGACAAAGAUUACAGUUUUGUCUCUUACACACUCUCAAUUCACUCUUUCAGCAAAAAGAUGCUUUUACUCGAGAAAAUUUGAAUGCAAUUUCUGAAAAACUAGCAUUUGAUGACACCUCCAACAGUGAUUCAUGGACACCGUUUUCUAUCUUGUUCAAACCCCAUCAUAAUGCAUUGACUGGAAACUAUGAUAUCAAUGUUCUAAUAGCUGCUUUGGAAGAGAAAGGGAAGAGUGUAGUUUGGCACGAUCGGCGAAAUGGAGGUUCCUCGAUUGAUCUUGAUGCGCCGGCAGAUGUUUUGAUGGGGGUUGUGGUUAAUGUUUCGGUGAAAAGAUUUGCUGGGAUUUGGAAAGGUAGACAUUGGAUUGCUUUGAGGAAGAUUGAUGGGGUUUGGUAUAACUUGGAUAGCGACCUUCCUGGUCCUAAAUGUUUUCGAGAUAAAGAUGAAGUGAGAGAGUUCUUGGAUUCUAGCAUUGUUAAUGGUGGCGAGGUUUUGCUUGUCAUGAAUCAGAAACAACAGUCUUGA